GUCUGCGACCGGAGGCAGCGCGCGCACAGUCCGAUUUAAAAAAUGCGGGGAACUCAUUUCUUCAAACACCUUUCCUGCAUCUCAUCCUGGCGCAUUUCCUCACAACCACGCCGUCUCAUUCAUGGGGUUUUUCCAUCUCCACUCUCUCAACGGAGGCUCAGCUCAGUGUUCCGAAACUUCUCGACGUCGUCUUCUCUGCCAACCACCCACCCGUUAACAUCUCCUUACUUCUCCGUUCGCAUCAGCUGCCCAAAAGAUAGCGCAGAUAUGCUUUCGGAAGCUCUUUUAUGUUUUGGUGCAAGUUCUACUAGUAUGGAUGAACAAGGCAGUGAUGAGGGUAAUGAUAAGAUUUGCAUUGAUUCUAUAUUUUCUGAUCGCCAAGAUGUGGAUGUGUGCAUUUCACAUGCUGCUGAUUCCGUAGGUUUGAAGGAGCUACCAAGUUAUGAAGUCAGAGUGGGUGAGCAGUAUGACUGGAUAAAGAAGACUCAGGAAUCAUUUUGUCCAGUGGAAGUAACUGAAGGACUUUGGAUUGUGCCUGAGUGGAGAACUCCUCCAGAUGCUCAUGCAACAAAUAUAAUUCUAAAUCCUGGAUUUGCAUUUGGAACUGGUGAACACCCUACAACUAAGCUGUGUCUAUUGUUGCUACAUGGCUUGAUAAAAGGAGGAGAACGCUUUCUUGACUAUGGCACAGGUUCUGGAAUUCUUGCAAUUGCAGCACUUAAGUUUGGUGCUGCCUCAUCAGUUGGCAUUGAUGUAGAUCCCCAAGCAAUCACUGCUGCAACUCAGAAUGCCGCUCUGAACAAGAUAAGCCCUAAUAACAUGCAGUUAACUCUAGUUCCACCGGAUGGAAGGACACAUGAAGUUGUGGAAGGACAGAGCCCCAAUAGCAUGGGAGUCACUACUGAAUCAGAGAGUUUUGACAUUGUCAUUGCAAACAUACUCUUGAAUCCUCUACUAGAUUUGGCGGAUGACAUUGUUUCUCAUGCCAAGCCUGGGGCUGUCGUUGCAGUUUCUGGUAUCAUAUCUGAGCAGGUUCCAUACAUUAUGGAACGAUAUUCGCCCCUCCUGGAAAGCAUAUCUGUGACUGAGAUCGAUGACUGGGCCUGCGUGAGCGGCACAAAGAGAAGGGGUCUCACAGUUAACUGAAGAAGAUGAUUUUUAAAAUUGUCUAAUGAAACAGGAGGCAGAAGCAUGACUUUGCUUUGAUUAUUAACAACUUGGCAGCCAUCUGAUGUUAAAAGUCAUGGCCUUACGCCCAUUGCCUGCUUGAUCAUCUAGUAAGCUCUAAAGUUAUCAACUAUUUCGACCAGAAACAUUCACGUCUAUGUAAAAAAAACAUGCUUAAUCUAUCAAGAUGGUGCAUGGCAUCAAAUUUUUCUGCGCUCAGACUCUUGACUAUUUGUUUUUCACCUAGAAGCAGUCAAAACAGUACACCUUCGUUUUGUGUUUAA